AUGGAUGGUCAGUCCAUUGCUAAUGAGAUUUUGAAUCUGGAUGCGGACAGGUGGGUUAGCCAGUUGGGUACUUACUUCAACUCAGAUAACUAUGUUUCCUCAGAUUUGGAAGAUGACCAAGACAUUGAAGAUGAGGAAAGAGAUUGUGCCAAGAGACACACAAGUGAUGAGGAGGAUCCUAAUACAUUCGAGGACCUUGGUGAGGAGGACACGGAUGAUCAGGAUGAUGAUGUAGGAGAGAAGGAGUUUAGUGGUGAUGGAGAUGAUCCUGAUGCAGGAGAGGGAUAUCAGGAUGGCGAUGAUGAGGAGGAGGAGGACAAAGAGGAGGAAUAUGAGGAGGAUGAUGAGAAGGGUGAGGAGGACGAGUUAGAUGUAGUUCCUCAUCGCCCCAAGGAUGAAAUCAUAGCCCUAGAUCCACCCAACAUUCCAUUGUGA